CAUGUACUAAUUGUCGAAAAAAACACAUAAAGUGUUCCGAAGGAGUUACUUGCACAUAUUGUGCAUCAUAUAACCUUCAAUGUACUUAUGCUAAAUCAUUUAAAAAACGAGGCCCGAAAGCGGCAAAUAGAGCAACUAAUGGUUUUGAAAAUUACUUCUAUGAAGCUGUAAAUACAGAGCAAGAUCACGUAUUGACUUCAAAUGAAUUUCAGUUUGGCGUAUCCACUCCUUAUUACUUUAACGGUAGUGAAGAACCUCAACCAAUUCAAAGCGAUUUCUUUCCCUAUCAAGUACAUAUUGAUACCAAUUACAUUAUGCAAAAUAACAACACGCCCGUUAAUUUUAAACCUCAACCAAUCCAAAGCGAUUUCUUUCCCUACCAAGUACAUAUUGAUACCAAUUACAUUAUGCAAAAUAACAACACGCCCGUUAAUUUUAAUGAUACAUUUUCUUUACCUAACAAUUCUUCCUCUUCCCCUUCCUCUUCCUCUAUUGCUUCUAAUUUGGGUUAUUUAUUUGGAUUUUGGGGGGAUCAUAUAGAGGCUGGCUCUGUCAUUUCUAAUCCUUUCCAGGUUUUUCUGUUUUUUAAAUACUCCCAAAAGACUGAAGGUGAAGAAAUAAUAUACUUUAGUAUAGAUUUGCCAGAUAUUAAACCAUUUAUAGGUAUCACUAGAAGUAAAAAACCAAGAGUACCAGAUAAAGAUAGUGAGAUAAUACUAAAAGAUUUAGUCAAUAGUUACCUAAAAAUAUUGGAUACUUGGAUCUCUGAAUUUGAAAGACUUGAAGAGUCCAAUCUCAAUCUGAGAAUAAAACCGUGGAAAUCUGAGUCGAAAAAGAUGAACAUAAAGAGUUCAAAGAUUAUAAAAUAUCUACAAGAAUUAGUCUUGGAAAAGAAAAAGAAAAGUUUAAAGAUGAAAUCGAAUUCAAAACAGAUAAGCGAGUUGGAAAAGACAAAAAUAAAGCAUCCACUUACUAUUAAAAUCUCACCAAUGUGGAGUUCAAUAAAGAAACCUUCAACCUUAAUUUUUGCCAUAAAGAUGGGACCGGAAAAACCCAAGUCAAAAAAAUGA